AUGUCAGUGUCUGAGCGUAAGGAUGUUGUCACUAAAUUUAAAUUAUGUUUCAACUGCUUGAAUUUUGGACAUCAAGUUGAAUCUUGCUAUUAUCCUGGAUGUCCACGUUGUAAAAAAAAACAUAAUUCAAGACUACAUGUUGACUCGAGCCAUAUGUCAGAACCCAAGAGCUCUACGCAAACUGAGACACAGACAACCAGUCAAGAUAAUGCAGUAUGCCAUGCAAUGACCAGCAACAAGCAUGCGCCAAGUACCACGUCCACUGUGAUGCUUGCUACUGCUGUAAUAAAUGUUCAUGACGCUGAUGGACGACCUCAACGCUGUAGAGCCAUUUUGGAUUCUGGAUCUCAACUCAACUUCAUAACGUCAUCUUGUGCUCAACGCCUGCGUUUAAAGAAGACUAAUGUUUCAUUGUCAAUAUCUGGUGUUGGUACUAUGUCUUCUUCCACUGUGCGUUUAAUGCCAUGCACUGUAUCAUCGCAUUGUCAAAACUAUCAAUCCUCGAUUGAAUUUCAUUCAUUGCCAACGAUAACAGAAAGACUUCCGCAUCAAAUGUUCAGCAUGGAUCAAUUGAACAUACCUGAUGAUGUUAAGGGCAAUCUAGCUGAUCCUCAACUCAACGUACCAGCUACUGUUGACAUAUUAUUUGGCGCCGAACUAUUUUAUGACAUUUUCCUGGGUGCACGUAAACAGCUGUCCAAGCAUAUUAGUGUACACAAUACAAAACUUGGUUGGAUACUUGUUGGUAAAUUAUUUGAGAAGUCAUUAGUUAAGUCAAAAAUAACCAUGCUAUCCACCCCAGUAUCUACCAAUUCUGCGUUAAGUCUAUUUACCUCAACUACAAAUGCUCAAUUCAUCGAAGAAGCUCAAGCGGAGAAGCACUUUUCAUCAACUGUUAAGCGUGAUGAAAGUGGGAGAUUUGUUGUAAAGCUUCCAGUUAAUGACAAGAUCACAUUUCUGGGUGAUUCUCGUCCAAUGGCAGAGAGGCGGUUUUACAAUUUAGAAAGGAGACUUAGUAAAGAUGAAAAAUUGGCAGAACAAUAUAAUAUGUUUAUUUCUGAAUACUUGGCGUUGAACCACAUGGAGCUGGCAAAUCCUACAUGCACUGGACCAAAAUAUUAUUUACCUCACCAUCCAGUAUUUAAGGCCAAUAGCACAACCACAAAGCUCCGUGUAGUUUUUGAUGGUUCUGCCAACACCAAGUCCGGAAUAGCACUCAAUGAUGUUCUGUUGAAAGGACCAAAAGUACAGUCAGAUAUAUUUCAUAUCCUUCUUUGA